AUGUCAGCAGACCGCACCAUUUACCUCGCCAACCUCCAAGAGGCCCACACUGCCAUGCAUGUGCACAGCAUCGCGCUCGUCGGCGCCCGCGCAGUCAACUUCGACGACGCAGCGGCGGCCGACUCCCCAGGCGCGGAUCCGGAGAGCCCAUCUCACCCGGGCUCCCUCAUCUACCACUGGCGCAUCUACGCGCGCCUGGAAGACGGCGCCCACUCCGUCGUCCUCGACAUGACGCCCUCCGCCUACCCGCGCGGCGUGCUCGAGGUCUCCAGCGCGCGCACCCUCGCCAGCGCCGCCGCGUCCAACCGCGACGACGCGGUCCCGAUCCACGCCGGCGUGGCCGUCACCGUCCAGCGGCUCGUCGACUUCGUGUGGGAGGAGGGCCUGACCCGGUACCAGUUCACGCCCGAGGGGACCGGGUGCCGGCAUUGGUGCCUCACCGUCGUGGGGGCGUUCGAGCGGGCGGGUAAGACCCUGCGACGACUCGUCGCGCCUGAGGGGCCGAAGUCGAACCUGACCGUCGUCUCACAAUGCGGGCUGAGGUCGCGCGACCCUCGAGCCGCUCGGGCCGCAGACUACUCAGCCGACAACUCGUUCCAGGUCGUCGCGCUGGAGCUGUACAUGGCCAUCGGCAUCGCUGGCGCCAUCCAGCAUCUCGCGGGCGUGAAGGACUCGAAGCUCAUCGUCACGAUCAGCUGCAUGGCGCACGUCGGUCGGUCGUUCGCUCCUCCUUCUCGCACUCAUCCCCGCCAGGACCUGGACGCCCGGACGCCGGCGGCCGCGGAUUUGUACACCGCGGUCCCGGAGCUCAAGCGGAAAUAG